CAGACGCAGUAUUGAAACCAAAUCAAGUAGGAUUAAAUUUCACAAAUAGGGUUGAAAAAUAUAUAUUUUAAAUUUUUAAUGUGUGACAUUGUCCCGUAUUAUUGCUACAUUCCUGCCGUUGUAACAAACCAAACAAUGUGACAAUCGGGCAGAGAUUCGGAGAGUUAUUAUCAAUAUGGUCGGGCAUUCCUACCUACCUUAAUGCACUGGAGGCACACGGGGACCCAUCCAAGAUGGCGGCCCCGCUGAUACUCCAAUAGGCAGCGUCAGGCCUAGAGGCGUCUACGUAUAUUUAUCUAUGCCAGGAACUAGCAAUGACGUUAAACUUCUGCGACGCCGGUUCGUACCUCCUGAGCGGUCGCAUGAAAACAGUCGGUGCGGUUGGUGGUGGGGAGUUUGGAGUUCAUCAGUUUCAGCACAAAACACAGUGUAGAAAUGCCAGUGUGUAACUUUUUUCUUCAGGGCCGCUGUCGGUACGGCGACAAAUGCUGGAAUGAACACCCGAGAGGAGGAAGUCGAGGCGGCGGAGGAGGUGGAGGUGGUGGUGGUGGAGGAGGAGGAGGAGGAGGUGGAGGGUACAACUCCAACAACUACAACCGCUCAUCUGCGCCACAACAGCCGAGAGGAGGUGGAGGAGGAGGAGGUGAGUAAAUAAAUGAGGAAGAUAUACAGCCGAACUUAACUUUCCUUCUCCUGUGUUAGCUUUUACUACGAACCCACUAUGUUAAGGGUCGGUUUCGAGUUGUGUCUUAAAUCAGCUGUAAAUUACACUAAAACAAUUCUAUAUCAUUCUCACCUCCAGGUUACCUUGCUAGGCUUCAUUAUCCAUCAAAAUAUUGCUUAUAAUAUUUUUUGUUGUGGCCUGUUCUAGGUCAUUCUUUGCCAGUAGGGGAGAGUGGGGUAAGUUGAGCCACCCCCUGUUUCUUGAAAAUGGUAAAAGAAAUUGAUAAUGUGACCAAAUAUUUGGGAGAUGGGCAUCAAUUCAUGGAGUCUGUGAAGGUUAGAAGCACAUGGGUGAAGAGGUUAGACAUUUAUUUGCUUGCUUCUCUAGUUAUACCAACUUUAGUAACGACAGCAGGAUAACAAUAGACAGCAGUCUGAGGAGCCACACACAAACUUCAAACAAAACGCCACUCUAUAGCCACAAUUAAUGCUCAGAACAGCACCUAACUUCAUCAACAGUACCUAUAGGGUCCCAGACAUAGUACUAGCCACCAAACAUCUUUUGAGCUUUGCCUGGUGUCUUUAGCAAAGAGACGAAACACAACUCACCUACUCUCCUCCAGCAGCCGCGUAUUAAUAGGGAGAGACUACAGUCCAUCAUGGUUUGCAGCGAGGUGACGCAGCUCAAGGAAGAACAUUUAUUAUCAUUUCUGUAUCAUUUCCUUGAAGUAAUAAUCAUCAUAUUUAUCAUUUUGCACUGCAGAUGUGGUAGUUCUUCUGCCUAAACGUCUUGGUCUGAUUGCAUUUCCAUGAAGAAAUGAUCAUAAAUGUUCUUCCUUGAGCUGCGUCACCCCGCAGCAGUCCGAAUGGUGGCUAGUACUAAGGCUGGGACCCUAUAUGUACUGUUGAUGAAGUUAGGUGCUGCUCUGAGCAUUAUUUGUGGCUAUAGAGUGGUGUUUUGGUUGAGGUUUGUUUAUGGCUCCUCGUUACUAAAGUUGGUAUAACUAGAGAAGCAAGCGGUCUGCAACAUUAAUCUCUUGAGGGGGUGUCUAACUCAGUGUUACCUUGAGUUUGACCCCGAUUUAAUUUUGUGCCAGAAUAUCCCUUUAAGCAUUUAAAAAUAUAAAGGGGUCGGUGCAGACCCUAACACAGGAGGAGGGUUGUUAAACUGAGUCUGUUAACGUUGGUUUACACUGUAAUAGGUCUCAGCACCCUCUGCCAUGUCACCUGCUAUUAAAGCUCCUCUAAGGAGUUUUAGCUGGUUAUGAAACAGACAGCAACAAAUACUGCUAAAAUGAACAAACACAGAAAUCAAACCCAUCAACAAGAAAGAUGGCUAUCUCCUCAUUUUAGUAGUCAGACAUAUGAUUCGAACGCGCCAAAUGAUUGUUGCGUUAUGACAUUUUUUAACUCUAUCUAUGCAUUGACUCAUGUUGGUGUUUUUUGGUUUCAGGGUUUGGAAACAGAGUUUGGGUGAAUCCUUCCCAGCAAAAAGGAGGCUUUAUCCAGCCUUCAUCCUUCUCAUCCAAAGGAAGUGAAGACUGGGGAGGAGGAGGAGGAGGUGGAGGUGGAGGGAGGAGAGAUAACGUGAAGGCCUCCAACUUCAGCUUCUCUAAUCAGAACAGAUUUGCAUCACUUGGUCCACAAGGCACCUUUGACAGGGGAGGAAGAGGAGGUGGAGGACAGCAGCUGGUGGGAAGGGAUGAAGAUGAUGAUAAAAAGCUGUAAGUCUGCUAGAUUAUGUUUUUUUUUUUUUAGUAUUAGAGUAAAAGUUGUUUCAAGGAGUUAACUCAUGAGAUAUCUGUCCCACUGUACCACAGGGAGAUUGUUCAGGCGGACAUGGAAAUAUGGGAGAGCUCUGGGCAAUGGGGCCUCUCAUGUUACAGUAGCACCAAGGCACCUCUAUCUGGUCUGUAAAAUACUUCCAUUCAGUUACAUGAUGUAUUGUGUUAUUGAAGGCUAGGAUACUGGUUUUAAAUGAAGAAUUUAUCAUAUCAAAAACUGCAGAUGGAUCAUACUCUUCUUUCUCUUUCUCGCCCCCAGGCUUCACUGAUCUCUCUCCUGAAGAGCUCAGGUUAGAGUUCUACGUCACAAGAGCUUCGGGAGAUCUGCAGAGUUAUGUAAGUCUCUUCACUGUCCGCACUCAGAUGGUUUGAAAUCAGUGCUCAUCAUUAUCUUUGGUUAGGUGGUAGAUGUUAGAGUCUGAUAAACUCCUGUUUCAUGUGUUCAGAUCAAUGGUGUUAAUCAGUUGGUCAACCAAUGGAGAAGCAGAGUCCAAGAGCUGAAAGUAAUGAGUCCAGCGACCCAGACAGCUUUGGUGAGAUGUGGUUGCUACCAUGUAUUUGUUUGGAGGCCCUUUUUUUUCACAGCAAACCUUUUAUGAAUAUAUGUCUGUAUUUACUGAUUUGCAGCUUGCUGAGCUGAAUAACCCAGCGCCUCAGGAAUCUUCAGGUGGCUUUAAUUCAGGGGCAGCGACAGGACUUGGGUCGUCUUCAUCUGGCUUUGGAGGAAGUAAGAUCAAAUCAUUCUGCGUGUGAUGACUAUGAUUUAUAAGUAUUCAAUGAUACCAGUCUGUAUGGCCAAAGGCUUGUUGGUCUUACACUGUAGUGUUUUCUGUUCAAAGCUGUAGUGACUUUAUAUUUGAUUUUAAAGCUCUUUUACUCAUUUAACAGAUUUGCUUUUAUCGUAUGAGCCUGUGAAAGCCUUGAGGUCUUCAGCUAGUGGUCUUUUAAUGGUACCAAAAGUAAGGACAAAGACCCACAGUGAGGCAGCUUUUUGUUACAGUCUGUGGAACAGCCUCCCUAAAGACCUGAGGGUGGCACAGAGUGUUCAUACUUUUAAAAGCAAAUUGAAGACCUACCCUUUUAGUCUGGCCUCAGACUUAAUUUCAUGUUUUUAAUUCAUCAUAUCAUACUCUUCUUACUUUUUAUUCUGUGAUUUUAUCCUGACGUUCCUGUUUUAAAUUUAUAUCUGUUUGACUCUUCAGGUUUCGGGUCUGCAGAACCAGCCCAGGCCAGCACCUUCAGCUUUGCUGCUCCCAGUGGUGGUUUCGGUUCCUCUGCGGCCCCAUCAUCAUCCUCCACAGGAUUUGGCAGUGCCUUAGCUGCUCCAACCCAGCCUCCCACUGGCUUCGGAUCCUCGUCUUCUGCCCCCUCAGCUGCCUCAGCAUCUUCAUUCUCCUUUGCAUCACAAACGAAAAACCCGCCAGCAGCAGCCCCAGGGUUUGGCUCUGCCUCUGGUUUCAGUUUUUCCUCAACUGCCAACACAGGAGGAGGACUCGGGAGCGGUUUUGGGGCCAGAGCACCUGCGGCAUCAGCAGGAAGUGGCAGUGCUUUUGGUCAGUCCGCUCCACCUGCUGCAGGAGGGGGGGCUUCCGGCGGGGCACCAGACAGUCUGUUUUCAAAAGAAAGUGAACUGACUCCGGAAGAACUGAAUCAGUUCAAGGCGAAGAGGUUCACUCUAGGCGAGAUUCCUUUAAAGCCUCCUCCAGCUGACUUGUUGAUGGUUUGAGGCUACGAGAUUUCUUUAAAUAAAAGGGUUAUUUAUGGGUAACGCAUUUUUAGUUUUGAUUCAUUUUCUGAAUAGUGCUGCCUUUAAGCUAAAGUAUCUAACCUCUUUUUGAAAGUAAGACAAGGAAAAAACUUUUUUGGUUAUAUUUUGUUCUUUAAGUGGGCCAGUGCUGGCCUCCUGGUAUGCCUGGGGAUGCUGUAAAUGAACAAAGUUGGACAUGCAGGGACUUCUGGCUUCCUAGGACUCUUUUCCAAUCACAAGUACCUUCUCUUCUCUACUUUAUUUGUACAGAGUUUAUCUCUGUGAUUUAUAAGUGCUCUUCAAACACCUGGCACACUAUUUGACUCGUCUUUUUGCAGGUAUUUCGUGAUGCUCAUUUGUCUCUUCCCACUGGGAAGUAAUAUCAAAUUAAUUCAAGCUACACAAAAUCACACAGCGAUGUUCACUUGGCUCCAAACUUGCCUCGGCAAAUGAAGUGAAAGAGAGGAGUACUGGCAUUUUUCCCCACUUUAAACAAAGUUACUGGUUACAUCUAUGAUUUUUCAGUUUGUGAAUUAUUUUUCAUAUAAAGCUGUUAAAUACACCAAAAAUACAACAUUAGAUUUUUGCUGUUAGUUUUCCACUCAAGAUAUGUAAAUUGAUUUUAGGCAGAUUUAUUUUCAAACCAGUCUUCCAAUUUGACCUUUUCCUUUUCUUUGCAAGGCAGAUAGUAAACAGUCAGCUGGUGAGCUGUGUUUCUUUUUAUUGCAUGAUAAUAAGAUCAAAACUUCAUAUAACUUAAACUUGUUUGGAAACUUAUCUGCAGUAAAAUGUUUUGUAGUAUACUCAGAAAAGAACAGUAACACUAUAUAAACCUACCACUUAUAGUUCAUUUAUAAACAUUUAUAAAGCCUUAUAAUUGUAAAGGCUUCAUAUCAACACAAUUUAUAAUUUAUCACAAUGUUUAUGAAGCGUUUUAAGAAGUGACCGUUUUGUCUCAUGAAUAUUGGAUUCACAAGGCAAAACUAUCAUCUUUCCUCGAAUUCUGGGUUUUAUAAAACGUGAAAGUUUGUAGGGAACUUAUCUAAUGUACAAUCACAACAAGCCCUUAGGACUGUUUUUACUUUAAAAAAAUCUGUAAAUUUUAUUUUUAUAGACCACAGACCUGGAAACAGCUUUCCACUUUUGUUAUGAAUGUAAAAUAAAAGGCACGUUUUCAACCUUUUAAAAAGCAUCUGGGACUAUGGAUCUUUGACAUUUUCUUUAAUUUACUAACUAACUUGAUUAUUUUAUUUACCUAUUCACUUAAUUAUUUGCUAACUUACUCCUUUACUCACUACUUACUUAGUAACUUACUUAUUUACUCACUGGUUAACUCACUUGACUGACUUAAUUACUUACAGACUGACUACCUCAAUUACUUUCUGACUUAAUUUCUUACUGACUGACUUACCUAUUAAUAUCAAACUGACUAACCUAAUUACUGGCUGAAUGACUGUUUCAGUAAUAUUGACUUAAUUACUGACUGACUCACAUACUAAUUACUAAUUUACUUACUAACUGACUGACUUGAUCACUAACUGACUUAAUUGCUUAUCGAUUUGCUGACUGACUGACGAACAUACUGACUGACUGACUGACUGACUUCCUAAUUAGCUACUAACUAACAGACUGACUUAAUUACUAACUGAUUGACUAGAAGCUGUUGUAUGUUUUGCAUUAAGGUAAAAUGUAUGAUAAAUCACAUCUUCAUAAAACAUUAAUGUUCACUGCUGAGAACUCAUGAACAUGCUUUGUUAUAACUGCUUAUAAUCAAUUAUAACGGUUGUUUUAAAGCCUUUAAAUACAGUUAUAAGGAUUUAUAAAUAUUCUCAUAAGGCAUUACAAACAGUGGGUUUAUAUAAAAUGUUACAGUUAAAGUUAUUUCUUAAUUUUACAUUUUAGAAAUUAUGUAUUCUUACCUGUAGACUUGUGUUUUUAAAAGUUGUAUAUACACCUUUGAAACAGGAGAGGGUGCUAGACUACCAAGAAAAAGAAACUAAUCUGCCUUUAAAGAUAACAAAAGAAUAUAUUGUAAUUUUUUAUUCCAUAGAUUAUGAAUGAUUCUGUCUCUGCUUGUAUUUCCCCCAGUUUUGCAAUCUGACACAAUACUCUGACAACUCAACCAGGCCCAUCACUCCACUACUCUCCGGCUACACCAAUUUGCAUCAGGUAAAUGUGGAAAUAGUGUGUUCAUGACAGUGAGUGAAUAAACCAUUCAAUAUGUA